ACACACACACAGAAAGAGAGAGAGAGAGAGAGAGAGAGAGAGAGAAAGAAAAACAUCCACCCGGUCAGGUCAGGAACGGAGUCCGGAGUCCUCGCGACGUGCACGGUAAGCAACCGGACCGUUAAGAAGGUGCACGCGCGUCCGAUCGAUCAUGAAGCCGUGCAUCAGAAACCGUGUUUACUGUAACGAGAAGAGUGAAGUGAUGUAAGCCGGAUCCGCCUUCCUGCGGAGUUCAGAUUAACACACGAGCGGAUCCGGAUCAGGUGUGUGUCUGAGUUCGGAUCAGCGACGGGCUGAUGUUUGCGCAUCUGUAGGAAUAAUCACAUAAACCGGGUUUGGAGCAACAUUAAAGCCUACAGAGAAACGGAACAGAAGAAGGCUUCUUAAAACAACACCAGCACUGAGUGAGGUUUUCUAGAUCUCCAUCAUGAUGAACACAUCUCUGAGAAAUAAAGAUGAGAGUUAGCUAGCCAGCUGAACAGAAGACACUUGAAUCCCACCUGCAGCCAUGAAUGGUGGGUUUACUAUUUGGGCCAUAACCCCAGAAGAGAGAGGGAAGCAUGACAAACAGUUUGACUCCCUCAAUCCCACUCUGGGAUACGUGUCAGGAGAUCAAGCACGCAAGUUCUUUCUGCAGUCUGGACUUCCUGCUUCAGUACUAGCUGAGAUCUGGGCGUUGGCUGACAUGGGGAAGGAUGGAAAGAUGGAUCGUUUGGAGUUCUCCAUUGCCAUGAAGCUGAUUAAGCUGCAGCUCCAGGGUCAGCCCCUCCCUCCGUCUCUGCCAAUUGUCAUGAAGCAGACCCCGGCCCCUGUUAUGACAUCAUCGGCGCGCUUCGGUAUGGGCUCAAUGCCAAACCUAUCCAUCAUGCCAACGAUGCCCAUGCUGACCCCGAUGCCCGUCAGCUCCUCCGUGACCUCAAUGACCUCUCUGACCUCUAUGCCAGCUGUGCAACCUCUGCUGCCUCUGAUUCCUGACUCGCUCAGCAUGCCAGCCUUACCCAACGGCACUGCCACGGUGCUGACGCCAGCCCCAGCUCUCUCACUCUCUGCAGGUCUGAGUAAAUCUCACUCCCUCUUGGAUUUGGCUUCCAGCAGCUCAAACUCCUCCUCCACCACGUCUCUGGCAAGCAACUCCCCCAAAACCGGAACGUCUGAUUGGGCGGUGCCUCAGUCGUCCCGCCUCAAAUACCGCCAGCAGUUCAACAUCCUGGACAAGCUGAUGUCCGGAUACCUGUCAGGUCCGCAGGUCAGGAAUGCUCUCACUGCUUCUAACCUCACCCAGACCCAACUCGCCACCAUAUGGACUCUGGCGGAUGUGGAUCGUGAUGGUCAGCUGCGAGCGGAAGAAUUUAUUUUGGCUAUGCACCUCGUGGACAUGGCCAAAACGGGCCGUCCGUUACCUUUGACCUUACCUGCUGAUCUCUUGCCACCGUCUUUCAGAACAGGGAAGUCAUGUGACCUACCAAAUGGGUCCAUUCCUCUAAUCAGCACUGAGUUCAUCGAAUUAGAACCUGCACACAAGAGCAAGAACAAUGUGUCGUUUGAGGAUAAACUGCGGGAGAACUUCCAGCGAGGCAGCAUGGAGCUGGAGAAGCGGCGCCAGGCCCUGCAGCAGGAGCAGCGGCGUGAGGAGGAGAGACGGAGAGAGGAGGAGCGGCGGGAGGAGGAGAGGAGGAGGCUGAGAGAGAGGGAGGAGCAGGAGCGGAGAGAGAGGGAGGCUCUGCGCAGACAGAAAGAGGAGGAGCAACGCAUGGAGAGGCAGAGAGAGAUGGAGAGACGGAGGGAGGAGGAGAGGCUGAAGGAGCUGGAGAGACAGGAGGCGGCGGAGCGACAGAGACGGAUGGAGUGGGAGAGGACUAAGCGGGCGGAGCUGCAGGCUCAGAGUGAAAAAGAGAAGAGAGAUAUCGAGAGACUGACAGCCAGGAAGAGGAGUCUGGAGCUGGAGCUGGAGGCCGUGGGAACCAGGCACAAGCAAAUCUCAGACUGUCUCCGUGACGCCCAGAGUAAGAGACGGGUCCAGAGGGCGGAGCUAGAGCUCGUCAAUCAGAAGAGAGACGGACGCAUCGCCGACAUCAACUCGCUACAGCUGCAGUUUGAGGACGUUCAGAGACAGCUGAGUAAUCUGACUCCAGAGAAACAGAGACUGACGGAAAAACUAAGAGACCUCACGCAGACCAACACCAUCUGCGCAGGAGUGAAUGAUGUGAAGCGGAAUAAGUGCGAGAAGGAUCUGAGCUGCCGGAAGCUGAAGGAACAACUAGACGCUCUGGAGAGGGAGACCACGGCCAAGCUGUCUGAGGUGGCGCGUUACAACCGGGACAUGCAGGACCUGAGAGAGAGGCAGCGGCAGCAGCAGGCCGUGCUGGAGCAGCUCAACCGUGUGAAGUUGGAGAAAGUGAAGGAGCUCCAGAGACGGAGGCAGGAAGAAGAGGAGAAAAGGAGGAGGGAUGAAGAAUUGGCCAGACAGGCCAAGCUGGAGCAGGAGCGGCUGCAGAAGGAGGAGGCCGAGCGCCAGAGGAGGCUUGCUCAGGAGACAGAAGCCAAACUCAGAGAGGAGCAGCAACUCCAGGCCCAGGCCAGACUCCGCGAGACCCAGGAGAAGGCCGCGCAGCAGGAGAGGGAGGACAGAGAAAGGGAGGAGAAAAGAAGAGCAGAAGAGAAAGAGAGGGAUGAGAGAAGGAGCGCGGAGGAGAAGGACAGCAAGGAGAAGGGGGGUGACGGAGUUAACGAACGCGGGAUAAAUCCUGUGAACAGCGCAACCCUUGAUCUUCAGUCGCAGCUCUCUGCACUGUUCAACAGUACGGCCGCAAACACAACAGGUACAGGAGUACAACCGACUGGUUUCGAUGUUCAGGGCAAGAAGAGCACGCUGAGCACCUACAGAGCGCUUUAUCACUUCACCGCCCGCAACGCUGAUGAACUGUCACUGGAAGCAGAUGGCCUGAUAGAGGUGGAUGAGUCCACGGUGAGGGAGCCUGGCUGGCUGUAUGGCACCUUCCGAGGCAGCAGCGGCUGGUUUCCUGAGAGUUACGCUGAGAAAACCUGUACAAACGAUGGAACCGAUUCAACAGCAGCCGCUACACAGAACACAGUGCCCCCUACUGACUACUCCGGGAUCCCUCGAGUGGAUAUAGAAGGACCAACGCCCACACACACUCCUGCAGCGACGCACACACAACACACACAGGCCGUCGCUCUGAGCGCGUGGACGGCUACCACCGACACUCAGCUCGGCUUCUCCAAGGAUGACAUCAUUACGGUUCUGGAGCAGGAGGAGAACUGGUGGUACGGGGAACUCGGGGAGAACCAAGGCUGGUUCCCCAAAACCUACGUCUCCUUGGUAACCAACACCAACACGCACGCAGAGCCUUUGUAUUCCAGUGUUGAAGAUCUGGACCUGCCCGACUCUGUUCCGCUUGAAGAAUACGUGGCUCUUUACACGUACGAGAGUCCCGAGUCCGGUGACCUGACGUUCCGAGCCGAAGACGUUGUCUUGGUAAUGGAAAAAGAGGGGGAGUGGUGGAAAGGCUGCAUCGGCGACCAAUCAGGACUCUUCCCUUCCAACUACGUCAAACCCAAAGACUCCGACUCUGCCAAAGCUGGUGCUUCCGUUAAAAAGCCAGAGAUCGCGCAGGUAACGGCGUCCUGUAUGGCCGUGACGGCGGAGCAGCUGAACGUGACUCCGGGGCAGCUGAUCCUCGUUCUCCAUAAGAACUCCUGUGGCUGGUGGUUGGGAGAACUGCAGGCUCGGGGUAAGAAGCGUCAAAAGGGCUGGUUUCACUCCUCAAACGUCAGACUGCUGGAGCCCAACAGUGGUAAAACCACUCCUGCGCCCCAGCCACUGUGUCAGGUCAUUGCCAUGUAUGACUACAAAGCAGCCAACGGGGAUGAGAUGACCUUUCAGAAAGGUCAGCUGAUCAACGUCCUCAACAAGGACGACUCGGAUUGGUGGAAAGGAGAAAUCGACGGGGUCGCCGGGCUCUUCCCGACCAAUUACGUCAAGAUGACUACAGAGUCCGACCCCAGCCAGCAAUGGUGUGCGGAUCUUUUGAGCUUAGACUCCAUGAGUUGUGAGGAGAGGAAGAGGCAGGGCUACAUCCACGAACUCAUCGAGACGGAGCAGACGUACGUACAGGACCUGGAGCUGGUGCUUGAGGUGUUCUACAAACCCAUGGCCGAGUCGGGCCGCUUCACCGAGGCCGAGAUGAGUGUGAUCUUUGUGAACUGGAGAGAGCUGAUCAUGUGCAACACCAAGCUGCUCAAAGCUCUGCGUGUGCGAAAGAAGACGUCAGGUGAGCGCAUGCCCGUGCAGGUGAUCGGAGACAUCCUAUCCUCCGAGCUAUCACACAUGCAGGCCUACAUCCGCUUCUGUAGCUGCCAGCUCAACGCAGCCGCCCUGCUGCAGCAGAAAACCGACGCCUCGCCCGAUUUCAAGCUCUUCCUAAAGAAAAUUGCCACUAAUUACAGGUGUAAAGGAAUGCCGCUGUCCAGCUUCCUCCUGAAGCCCAUGCAGAGGAUCACACGCUAUCCUUUACUCAUCAGAAACAUUUUGGAAAACACUCCAUCGGGACACGUGGACCAGGUGAACCUUCGGGAGGCGCUGGAGAGGGCGGAGCUCCUGUGCUCGCAGGUGAACGAGGGUGUGAGGGAGAAGGAAAACUCAGACAGGCUGGAGUGGCUGCAGAACCACGUGCAGUGUGACGGGGUCAUCGAGCAUUUGGUCUUUAACUCUCUGACGAACUGCCUGGGUCCUCGCAAGCUGCUGCACAGCGGGCGUGUCUGGAAGGCUAAAAGCAACAAGGAGCUCUGGACCUUCCUGUUCAGCGACUUCCUGCUCUUCACCUACACCUCCAAGCAGUUCUCCUCAAACACAGACCGACCGUUCAGCCCCAAGUCCAACACCGUCUACAAGAUGUACAAAACGCCUGUGUUUCUGAAUGAAGUGUUGGUUAAAAUGCCGUCUGACCCGUCCAGCGAAGAGCCGAUCUUUCACAUCUCGCACAUCGACCGUGUGUACACGCUGAAAGCUGACAGCAUCAACGAGAGAACCACGUGGGUCCAGCGAAUCAAAGCAGCAUCGGAGCACUUCAUAGAGACGGAGAAGCUGAAAAGAGAGAAGGCUUACCAAGCUCGUUCUCAGAAGACAAGCGGUAUCGGACGUUUGUUAGUAACAGCUCAGGAGGCUGUUGAGCUAAAACCCUGCAAGCCUAAUGGUAAGAGUAACCCGUACUGUGAGCUGUCUAUGGGAGCACAGUGCUACACCUCACGGCCUCAGAAUGACACCGUCAACCCUAAAUGGAACUUCAGCUGUCAGUUCUUCAUCAAAGACCUGUACCAGGACGUCCUGUGCAUCACCGUGUUCGAGCGGGAUCAGUUCUCUCCCGACGACUUCCUGGGUCGCACGGAGGUUCCCGUGGCAACCAUAAAGAAGGAUCAGGAUGGCAAAGGACCGCUGACUCGGCGUCUGCUGCUCCACGAGGUCCCCACUGGAGAGGUCAGAGUUCGCCUCGACCUGCAGCUUUAUGAGCAGACGCCGUUCUUCUGACCUCGUAUCUGCCGAAUGAAACAACUUCUUUUUUUUUUUCUCUAAUAAAAAAGCCAAUUUCACCACUAGGGGAACAGACGGACAGAACCCGAGAACGAGUUCGCUCGCGUCUUCGUGGAACCGGAGAGAAAAGACUCAACAGUUUAGUACAACGUUUAGCUGCAGGCCAAAAAGUUGAUCCAAAUCAAGUUCUUACUCAGCAUGACCGGGAAGUAGAAAAUCUCACGUGGCUGUCCAUCUAGCUCACCUAGAGAGCAAGGUGUGGUUGCUUUUCUUUGCCGACCGCUUAUCGUUUUACAGUCACGCAAUACGAGACGGUUUCAGUCUUGGUUUUGGAGACCUCAGCCCCAGCCAAACCAAAGACGACACGUAAAUAAAUAAAUAAAUAGAUAGAUAGAAACAUU